CUUGAAGAUGGGCAGGAAGGCGGCCAGGGCGUGUAAACACGUUUCAGAACCUCUCUAAUAUGGUUACACUGGUGUGUUGGUUGAAAGCAGUCCCAACUGUCAAACCCAGGAUGAAUGGUGGAGGGAGACCUGCAGGUCUGCCUUAUCUAGAAGUAUGUAUGUCUGGGUUCGCAGCAAGGGAAAGUUGAGCUGAACUCCCUGACCUUAUUCCUUCCAAAGCAAGCAGUGGGAGAGCAGCAAUGUACAGGAGGAUGGAGUAAAACCAUCAGGGGAAGAUAAUGAUAAGGGCUGUGAGUCUGCUUUGCUUUUGUGCUCCUCUGAUCUUGCAUAGCUUCACUCUUCAAUUAGACUUCUUUUCUUCCUUCUGAAACCGCUCGGAGUUCAGUGUUGUGCGGUUUCUACGUUCCACCCUCUGCCACAUGGCAAUUUUAAACCAGAUUUAGUUGUUGGAGCUGGUAGACGUGGUGUAGAUGUUUACACUGUAAAAAUAACUUCUGAGCUGGAGGUUUCAUUUAGACCAGAAGUAAAUGUUGGUGAUUCUUUAAAGGCCUUACCUCCAAGUGUUGUGUAGCGUUCACUGCUUUGGAAGGAAGAGCCCUGCAUCACGGGGUGAUGGCUCUGGUGUCUUUUCCAGUUUCUCAUUUAUGUGAAAGAGAAGUGCUGAACUUGCACAGAAAUCACUGCCCUUAAGAAAAGCUUUUGCUGCACUUCUGGGGGUCUUGGUUAAUUCUGUUCAGGUGAGGUGACAUGGAGCUGCUGCAGAACUGAACUGCCCAAGGAGCUGGGAACUGCAAGCCUGUUGGAAGGGAAGUGCAGACCAUUUAGGUAAGGGCUAAAACCAGCUGUGGUGGUGAGAAGGUUUCAUCCUGGAGCUGAAUUGGAGCUGGUGUUCUGAUGCCAAGUGCUGGGCAGCUGCUUGCAUCUGCUAGAAAACACGAUUCCUUUAGUCUGCGCUGGUGGCACAGUGGUGUUGUCUUGUUUCUGCUGUUUCAUCACUUCAUGUUGUUUGUGCUCAACAUCCCUUGCUGCUCCAAGGCACCAAUCUGGAGGGUGGAGGUGCAGGGAGAGGAGAGGCGUGUGCGGUGCUCUGCACGCUGGAGUACCUACUCUGCAUGUAACUACUCCUGUCGUUUUUAUUGUGACACUGCCCAGGCGAUGCAGGCGGGUGCCACAGACCCAGGCUGGGACAAACGCUGCGCUGAGCUCCUCGUACUCUGAGUGGGAAGCUGUCCCAAGGUGUGGAGCGAAGGCAUGGCUGACAAGAACAGCACCCUGAAAUGCACGUUCUCUGCUCCUGGCCACAGCACCACUCUACUGCAGGGACUGGCCUCGCUCCGAGCUCAGGCUCAGCUGCUUGAUGUCAUCCUCACUAUAAAUAAUGAAGUGUUUCAGGUUCAUAAAGUUGUCUUGGCUGCCUGCAGUGACUAUUUCAGGGCAAUGUUUGCAGGCGGGAUGAGAGAAGCCAGCCAAGAUGUGAUUGAACUGAAAGGUCUAUCUGCAAAAGGACUGAAGCACAUUAUAGACUUCGCGUACAGCGCCGAAGUGACUCUUGAUCUUGACUGCAUUCAGGAUGUGCUGGGAGCUGCUGUCUUCCUCCAGAUGGUGCCUGUCGUGGAGCUCUGCGAAGAGUUCCUGAAGUCUGCCAUGAGCGUAGAAACGUGUCUCAAUAUCGGGCAGAUGGCCACCACCUUCAGCCUCGCAUCCUUGAAGGAAUCAGUAGAUGCAUUCACUUUCAGGCAUUUCCUCCAGAUCUCUGAGGAAGAGGAUUUCCUCCACCUGCCCCUGGAGCGCCUUGUUUUCUUCUUGCAGAGCAAUAAGCUGAAAAGCUGCAGUGAAAUAGAUCUCUUCCGUGCUGCUGUCCGGUGGCUGCAGUAUGACCCAACCCGCCGUGCCAACGCCAGCCAGGUCCUCUGCCACAUCCGCUUCCCGCUGAUGAAGUCCUCGGAGCUGGUGGACAGCGUCCAGACCUUGGACAUCAUGGUGGAAGAUGUCUUGUGCCGGCAGUAUCUGCUGGAGGCGUUUAACUACCAGAUCCUGCCCUUCCGGCAGCAUGAGAUGCAGUCCCCUCGCACCACCAUCCGCUCGGAUGUCCUGUCCCUCAUCACCUUCGGUGGCACUCCCUACACUGAUAACGACCGCACUGUGAGCUGCAAGGUCUACUACCUGCCGGAUGCCAGCGUGCGGCAGUUCAAGGAGCUGACGGAGAUGGAGGUAGGCAGCAGCCACUCCUGCGUGGCCGUGCUCGACAACUUCGUCUACAUCGUUGGAGGGCAGCACCUGCAGUACCGGAGCGGGGAGGGAGCUGUGGACAUCUGCUACCGCUACGAUCCGCACCUGAACCAGUGGCUGCGCAUCCAGGCCAUGCAGGAGAGCAGGAUCCAGUUCCAGCUCAACGUCCUGCACGGCAUGGUGUACGCCACCGGUGGGAGGAACCGCUCGGGGAGCUUGGCCUCUGUGGAGAAGUACUGCCCCCAAAAUAAUGAGUGGACCUAUGUGUGCUCCCUGAAACGCAGGACGUGGGGGCACGCGGGAGCCACGGUAGGAGGCAAGCUGUACAUCUCAGGUGGGUACGGCAUCUCGGUGGAAGACAAGAAAGCCCUGCACUGCUACGACCCCACCGUGGAUCAGUGGGAGUUUAAAACCCCGAUGAAUGAGCCCAGAGUUCUGCAUGCCAUGGUCAGUGCAAAUAGCAGGAUUUAUGCUUUGGGAGGCCGCAUGGACCAUGUUGACCGUUGUUUUGAUGUUUUGGCUGUGGAAUAUUAUGUGCCUGAAACAGACCAAUGGACCACAGUGAGCCCGAUGCGCGCGGGGCAGUCGGAAGCAGGCUGUUGUUUACUAGAAAAAAAGAUUUAUAUUGUAGGAGGGUACAAUUGGCAUCUGAACAAUGUCACCAGCAUCGUGCAGGUGUAUAACACCGAAACUGAUGAAUGGGAAAGGGACCUACAUUUCCCAGAGUCUUUUGCUGGGAUAGCAUGUGCUCCCGUUAUCCUGCCGCAGGGAAUGACCCAGAGAUAACUCCGUGCGACGGCGUCAGCCUGUGAAAUCGCCUCGUGUUGCAUGUGAUCAGAUGCUGUGGUGUUCCUUUGUUGUUUGCAAAUGGUAUUGUGCGUUUUGUGGGUGAGGGAAGGAGAAAAAUAGCUUGUGUUCCCUCCUCCAUAAAGUCCCUCCUCCUCUUCUGUAGUGUUCUGGCAAGCGUGUUCCAUCAGAAGCACUUGUCAGCUAGUUAGACUUAACAGAUGUUACAGCUGGAAAAAGCUUUUCUCUUCCUUUUUUUUUCCUGGUUGGAUGGGGGGUGCGUUUUGCCAACUUUUCAUAUUUGUAACAAUAUUCCACAUUGCAAACCAUGGCCAGCUCAGGGGGCACUGGGGACUGGGGGAUGUUCAACAGAGUUCAGGUGUGAUUUUUGUAUUAAUAGCUCCAAACAUGGAUGUCGCUUCUUUGUUUUUUAUUAGCAAACAAACAAACCAAAAGCUGUAAAACACACUGACCUCCAGAAGCAAUAACGGGACAGUGGGAGCUCCAGGAGCUCAGGUGCUUGGAUCAGGAAAGCAGAUUCUUGCUUUUCAAAGGUGACUUUUUGGGGUUUCUUUCCCCUUUUCAAAGGGGAAUACUUAGCCUUGCACACCUCUGGUCUCCGUUGGUUCUUCACUGCUUGGAUCACACUGCGAUUCCAGAUCCCUUCCUCACCCCCUCCAGACAGCAGCACGAUCCUCUAGUCCAGAAGUUCUCCCUUACCUUGGGGGAUUCAGCGUUUGCCACACUAAAGCCAUGUCAAUAGCUGGAUUAUGUACAAAUGAGCAGGAUUCUUUUCCUUACGAGUGCCAAGAAUUUGGCUGCCCUGGCAAUAAGAGCUGUGGCUGCUCGGCUGGGCUGAGCCUCAGGGAACACCCAGAGGCUCUGGUUUGGGUCCUGCUGCGUUUGCCUUGCCACCAAUACGUGCUCAUCCAAACUCCUUUUGUACAGGAAAAGGGGUGGGUGCUACUUCCUCAGAAGCUUGAAGGUUUUCUCCCUUGACUUGUCAAUAAGCUACUCGGCAUCGUAACGUGAUGGAAGUCAAAGUGGAAUGGGGUUUGUUGUUCUUGUUGCCAGUGGAUAUUUU